GCAACCGAGAUCUCGCGGCGUUUUGUGAGAUAAAAGUUUCUUGUCGCAGCGUCUCGUUCUUCUUUCUCGGGGAAACACCAAAUGGCGGAUGACGCCGGUGCAGCGGGAGGGCCCGGAGGCCCCGGGGGCCCAGGCCUGGGAGGCCGCGGCGGCUUCCGCGGAGGCUUCGGCAGUGGACUUCGAGGCCGCGGGCGCGGGCGCGGCAGGGGCCGGGGCCGAGGCCGCGGGGCUCGCGGCGGUAAGGCCGAGGACAAGGAGUGGAUUCCUGUCACCAAGCUGGGCCGGCUGGUCAAAGACAUGAAGAUCAAGUCCCUGGAGGAAAUUUAUCUUUUUUCCUUACCCAUUAAGGAGUCUGAGAUUAUUGACUUUUUUCUGGGCACAUCUCUCAAGGAUGAAGUUCUAAAGAUCAUGCCUGUGCAGAAGCAAACUCGUGCCGGCCAGCGGACCAGGUUCAAGGCAUUUGUUGCCAUUGGGGACUACAACGGUCAUGUUGGUCUGGGUGUAAAGUGCUCCAAGGAAGUAGCCACUGCCAUUCGUGGUGCCAUCAUCCUAGCCAAGCUCUCCAUUGUCCCGGUGCGGAGAGGCUACUGGGGGAAUAAGAUCGGCAAGCCCCACACUGUCCCUUGCAAGGUGACGGGCCGCUGUGGCUCUGUGUUGGUGCGUCUGAUCCCUGCCCCCAGAGGCACUGGCAUUGUCUCAGCCCCUGUGCCCAAGAAGCUGCUGAUGAUGGCUGGUAUUGAUGACUGCUACACCUCUGCCAGGGGCUGCACUGCUACUUUGGGCAACUUUGAGGAAUUCACCGACCAUCUUGUGAAAACCCACACUAGAGUCUCUGUCCAGAGGACUCAAGCUCCAGCAGUAGCUACAACAUAAGGGUUCUUACACAACAAAAAUAAAAUAAAUAAAAUAUCAAUGAUUAUC